AUGGACGUCAUGGUAGACGUCGAACGGCAGGAAGUAUGGGUGGUGGGCCCUCUACAUCCCCUCUGGAUCGUGACAGAUGCAGGAGAAGGAGCCAGAGGAGGCGAGUCUUGGCCGAUCGUGUGGGGGGAAGGGAGGGAUCUUUCAUGGAUUCCUCGGGAAAAGAACGCUGCUAGCCAAUGUAUCUUCACCAGAGGGCAGGAUGAUCCGAAGCUUGAAGCGAGGAUUCAGUCCAUGAAGUCAGGAAAGGCGAUAGGAAAGCAAGAGGAAAAAGAGAAGGAGGAUGAGGAUCGAACGUUUGUUGUCUUUCGAGCUGAUCCCUUCGGGCAUAUCAAUCUCCUUUCCUGCCUCCUCCCUCCUUGGGUGAUGCCGAUGCUCAUGGCCAAGGAAGAAGUGAGGCUGCACCUGCUUCUUGUCCCUCGUCCUGCCUUCCAUGCUCUGACCUGCAACGCCUCUGCCGGCAGCGAUCGCGACUUCUGUGGGACAUGUGAGAGGAUGGUCGAGGAAGGAGGUUGGGGGGCAGCAGGGCAGUGCGUGGACUAUGAGACGAUGAUGACUGGAGCCGUUGCUGUGAGCCACCUGCCCCUGUGCCUUCCAGACGAACUGCCCAGGGUAACCUUGUCUCUCUGCUGCAUGAUCAGAGAUGAAGCGCUGUACCUGCGGGAGUGGAUAGAGUACAGCAGGAUGAUGGGGGUUGAAAGAUUCUUGCUGUACGACCAUGGCAGCAUCGACACGACGCGCAUGGUGCUUGCACGGUACGUGGAAGAGGGGAUCGUUGUUCUGCAUGACUGGAACUUCACUGGAUAUCCCCAGAAGGAAGCGCACACUCACUGCACCAGGCGCUACGCACACCAGACCGACUGGCUGGGGCUCUUAGACGUUGACGAGUUCUUGCUCCCCAGGAGGAGCGACAGCAUGCUCGACCUUCUUCGAUCUACCUCUGUGUUCGGGGCAGAGAACGUCGUGUUCCGCCUCAAGGCUGCGAUGUUCGGGACCUCGAAGCACAGGAAGAGGCCCAGGGGGCUGGUUGUGGAUGAGUACCUGAUGAGAAGCCGCGGGAGAAACUCAGAUCAGAGCAAAGUUCUCUUCCUUCCCCGCUUCAUCGUCAUGCCGGGGAUCCACGAGGUGCUGCUCGCUCGCUCUGUCAGCCUUGUGGUGGAUGUACACCCCCACGACUUUCGGUACAACCACUACAGGAGCAAGUCCCUGGAGGACCAUGCGCAGGAUCCGCUGAGGAGGGAUAUGGCGAUCGAAGAAGCGAACGAGGAAGUAGACGUCGAGCUUCCCCUCCGUUUCUCCCACCUCCUUCACGACAGACUCUGUCCUCCUGAAGCAUCUGAGAGCAUUCGAGCAGAGGAAAACCAGGGGAACAGGAGCCAAGAUGUUUGCAUGCAAAUGGGGCUGUUCUACGAGCAGCAUUGGAACUCUACAUCGAACCUUGAAGCGAGGAGAAGCUUAGCCGCAGGAGAAGCAGCGCUGGUAGGUGCUACGUUGCUCCGCAAGUCGAUGGAGCUAGAGGAGCAAUGUCCUGCGUUCGUCGCUGCCAUGGCAGAGCUCCUCGACCGGGGAAAGGUUGUGAUGGACUGGGGCUGUGGGAGUGGCUUUAUGGCAGAAGAACUUCAGAGGAUAGGCUACCACGUCCGAUGUGUCGACACUGAAGGGCUUGCUUCCUCUCUUCUUCCCCUGUUGCACACUGUGGCUCCCGAUCAAGCAUCGCAGGGAGGAAGAUCAGGAGCAGGAGCAGGAGCAGGAGCAGGAGCAGGAGCAGGAGCAGGAGCAGGAGCAGGAGCAGGAGCAGGAGCAGGAGCAGGAGCAGGAGCAGGAGCAGGAGCAGGAGCAGGAGCUGAAGGGAACGAAACGAUGAGAAAUUCGAGGGGGGCAGAGCAACUGAUAUCCUUCCUGGGAGCAGAGGGGGCUCUCUCCUACGAGCAGGAGGAAAAGAUCUUAGAUGAUAUCUGCGCGCAGAGGCCUAGCACUCUUGUGCUUGGAUGGCGUCGAAAAUGCUCGCCCUUCCUCUAUGGAGCGAAAGUGCUGUGCAGGGAUGACGGCGGGAAGGAACAUGAGUUAGACGGGACGUUCACUCCAGAUGAGGAGACGGCCAUGCUCAGGUGCCGACCAGGAGGAGACAGAACCCACAACUUCACAGGAGACUUCCACGAGCAAUGGGGAUACGGCCAGCCGGAGGUGUACAGGACGCGGCAGUGGAAGUAUGCAGCCGUCAAGGCGUUCCUCGGAGCAGGGUUCCCGUGGGGAAACAGCCGGAAGGUCGUGAGGGCGGUUGGCAAGUUCAAGGCCAUGAUGUCGGGCGAGGAGGCUGCAGGAGGUCCGAGGGCGGGUGGAAGGGAUGCGCACCUGGCUAGUGAGAGAGAGGAGGAGGAUGUAGUGGACUUGCUGUACUGGGACAUCCAGAACGUUGCGGAAGGGUUUCACAUGUACUUCCGGAUGAAACUGAAGGAUGUUUUCCACUAUGAAUGGCAGAUGGCAGGAGGGAACCGGUUCCCGCUAGCCGGGCUAAAAGCGAUCAAGUACAUCCUGUGGAGGAUGAUAGGGAGGAGCAACAUCUCAGAGGAAGGCUCCUCCAGCCUGAGGAUUCAGCUGCUGUCGUUGGCGAGCAAGGACAUCGUGAAUGAAGAUCACUUCCUGCGAGUGAUCAACCGGAUGAAGCUGCUGCUGACGCAACUGAAGCGGCUCGACCCUGCUGCCUCCGUGGCCAUGCACGAACAGAAGCUGUCCAGCGAGCUCAGGCUCCGCUGCAUCCAGUCACCCUGCAAGGGUCUCAACUUGUUCGAGGAGGUGCUCAGUCCUAACUGCUCCAUGGAAGAGAUCUUGGCAGUUGCGCUAUACCUCGAGCACGCACAAGCGCUUCCAAACUUGUUACAGAGUUGCUCCUCCUUGUCUCCGGUCUACCAUCCACCCCCUCAGAAUGGGCAGGGUGGGCGCCAGAACUUUCAAGGUGGAGCAGCAGGAGGACAAUCGCAGAGUUUUCAACCGGGCGGAAUGCUUCCAGACGGUAGGGAUGAUCCUUUAUCGCACCAGAACUCCCCUGGUGCCCAACGUCGCUUUACUCCAGCAUGGAGGUCAGGGAGUGGCAGGCAGCACAACCAACCUUAUGCGCACUCUACGUCCGACGGUCAGCCUGGCAGCAGCAGGAGCCUUCCGUUGGAGAUGCUCGUCAAGUCGUCGCAAGACAAGAUGCGAACGAUCAUGGAUCAGUUGCAGAGACUGAGAGGCUCUCGGGUGCAGGCGCAGACCAGUGAGGUGGUAGCUCCUUUUCCUCGCACCCCGGUUGUGAGGCCCAGCGGCGGUCAGGAGAGCCAAGGAGCGAUCGGCGGGGUCAUGUUGCCGAGGGCUGACGUCACGUUCGGUGUUGACAGCGACUUGACAUUCGAGAAGAUGAAUCAGCUGAAGCAGGAGCUGGAGAACGAGUUGGAGGACGGGACCGGCGAGACUCAAUUCUUCCUCGCUGAUUUACGUUCAAAUUUCUCAAUGGUGGGCUAUGCAGGGCUGCUGACCGACGUCGAGUUUGCCGACAAGCCUCUGACUGUCCAGACAGCAGCGGGGAUGAUCAGAUGCGACAAGUUCGGCACUUUGACGAUCAACCUGACGCGCGAGGGAGACAACUGCGGGUGCCUUGAGCUCAAGGAAGUCUGGGUGUGUGAGCGCCUCGAGUUGCCGAUGGUGUCGGUGGAGUCGCUGGUGAAGGACCAACUUCACGUGCGCUGGUUCGGGGCCAACAGGUCGAGGCUGCUUUGCAUGUGCACGGAAGACGGGAGGGUCAAGAUCGCUCUGAAUCCGAGGAAUGCCGCGUACUUGCUGAGGGCGAAGGUGGGGCGCGACAACUGGCUGGAGCUUGAGGUCAUGCCGCGUACCACUCAGUCCAUGGAGCCGGCACAGUCCGCUCACUCCUCUCAGUCGAUGCAGUUGACGGUGUACGACUCGCCGAACUCCUGGAGAGGACCCGAUGGAGAGGGGAAGGCGAGGCUGGCCAGGAGCGUCAGUUGUGUAGUUUUCGAUCCCUCAGACGCGCUCGUCCCUUGCAACACCUGCGAACUUGUCCCGAGCGAGUCGGGGCCCUCGCAAGUCUCGGCGCUGCCGCAGCAGGAAGCCUCGAGGCCCAACGAGUGCUGGGCCCUGGAGCUGGAGGAGCAGGAUGGCUCCUGGGGCAGGUGGAGUUGCCGAUUCUUGCUGACGGUGGUGGACGUGUUCUCCGGCUAUGUGCAAGUGCGGACGAUGGGGGCUCUGAGAGAGACGGCAGGCGUGCUGUCGAAGAUGCUGGAGAGCCAGGCGAGGGGGCAGAGGGGGCCAGUGCGGAGGCUCAUCUAUGACAGGAGCAACGAGCUGUUGUACCGGGAGCUGACUUACCUGCCCCACCGCCACAACGUGACGUGGCAGGCGGUCGGGGUCGAGCGCAUGGAGCGAUCGGGGGCGUGGGAGGCGUGGGAGGCGUUGAAAGUGAUGAGCGAGCGGAUGAUGCAGGAGAGUCAGGUGCCAGGAGACAUGUGGGUUUAUUCCUGGAUGUAUGCCUCCCUCCUCCACAAUAUCCUCCCGCGUCCCCAGGACGAUCAGACGCCGCACUUGCUCUACCACAGGACCAUGUUUCAGGACCACAACGAACUCAUGGUGUUCGGCUGUGCCGUGGUGAACGAAGGGCCCUCCUCCUCCUCCCAUUCCUACUCCUGCUCCUACACUACUGGUGUCUUCCUCGGACUUGAACUCGAUGAGCUGGGAAGGUUCAACAAUUAUAUCGUGUUGGACCUGGAGACGGACGAGAUCCAGUGGAUGACGGAGGCAACUUUCGACGAGUGGAUUUACCCCAUGAUGAGCGACGAGAGCAUGUCGGAUGCUCCCUCCAACUAUGAGCAGGAUUAUAGCACAGAAGCAGACGAUGGAGGCCUUGACAGCGACUGGGGAGGGAGGCAGAGGAAGAGGAGGUAUGAUGAGAUCAGUGGGUGGUAUCCGGAGCCAUAUGACGGAGGGAAUUAUACUUACGGGGGACAUCGGGGGUGGUAUGGAUGGCAAUGA